GGAGAGGAGGCGGAAGUGCCCGACGCAUCCUCGUGAUUGGGUGAGAGCAGGAGGCGGGGCAAAGCCGAUGAGAUUCUGAGAGGGGCGCGAGCCCCGUGCUUGUCCUGCCGAGAUCCCCGCGCAUCCUGCCAGAACGACCCUGUGAGGUGGGCUGGACUAAGAGAGAAUGACUGACCCCAAAGUCACCCAGCCAGUUUUUCAUGCCGAAGGCAGAACUAGAACUCACUGUCUCCUGGUUUCUAGCUGGAUACCUGAUUGUUAACUUCAAUAUCAUUUUUAGUUCCAUCAUGGCGGACUCUAAUACCUCUCCACUCAAACACUUUGUGUUGGCUAAGAAGACAAUUACUGCCAUUUUUGAAGAACUACUGAAUUUUGUUACCGAAGGAGCAAACUUUGUUGAAGAAACCCACAGAAACCCAGAGCUCGAAUGCAUAGCUACCAUGGACGAAUUUAAAAAAAUACAGGGCUAUAAAAACAAGCUGGCCGUAAUUGGUGAAGUAUUAGCACGACGGCAUAUGAAAGUCGCUUUUUUUGGCAGAACCAGUAGCGGGAAGAGUUCAGUGAUCAACGCAAUGCUGUGGGAUAAAGUGCUGCCUAGUGGCAUUGGCCACACCACCAACUGCUUUCUCAGCGUAGAAGGAACCGAUGGCGACAAAGCUUACCUGAUGACUGAAGGCUCGGAUGAAAAGAAGAGUGUUAAGACAGUUAAUCAGCUUGCCCAUGCACUGCAUAUGGAUAAAGACUUAGAAGCUGGUUGCUUAGUUCAUGUCUUUUGGCCUAAAACCAAAUGUGCUCUCUUGAGAGACGACUUGGUCUUAGUAGACAGUCCAGGUACUGAUGUCACCACAGAGCUUGACACCUGGAUUGACAAAUUCUGCCUGGAUGCCGAUGUUUUUGUUUUAGUUGCUAAUUCAGAGUCAACCCUCAUGAAUACAGAGAAACAGUUUUUCCACAAAGUGAACGAAAAACUUUCUAAACCAAACAUUUUCAUCCUGAACAACCGCUGGGAUGCUUCUGCAUCAGAACCUGAAUACAUGGAAGAUGUCCGCAAACAGCACAUGGAGCGUUGCCUAACUUUCUUGGUGGAUGAGCUCAGGGUUGUGGACCGUUCUGAAGCCCAAAAUCGAAUUUUCUUUGUUUCAGCCAAGGAAGUUCUCAGUGCAAGGAAACACAAAGCUCAGGGCAUGCCUGAGGGAGGUGGUGCAAUCGCCGAGGGAUUUCAGACACGGUUCCAGGAAUUCCAGCACUUUGAAAAAAUAUUUGAGGAGUGUAUCUCGCAGUCAGCUGUGAAAACCAAGUUUGAGCAGCACACUAUCAGAGCUAAACAGAUCCUUGAGACUGUGAAAAACAUUAUGGACAGCGUAAAUGUGGCAGCAGCCCAUCAAAGAGUGCAUUCAAUGGAAGAACGAGAAGACCACAGAGACAGGCUGGACUUCGUACGAAACCAGCUCAACCUUUUAACAGACGAGGUUAAGAAGAAAAUUAAAGAUGUAACAGAAGAAGUUGCCAACAAGGUGUCUUCUGCCAUGACUGAUGAAACUCGUCGGCUUUCUGUUUUGGUAGAUGAGUUUAGCUCCGAUUUCCAUCCGUCUCCACAAGUUUUGAAACUUUACAAAAGCGAACUCAGCAAGCACUUAGAGGAAGGAUUGGGAAGGAAUCUGGCAGACCGGUGCUCCAGUGAAGUCAACAACUCCAUGCAUCAAUCCCAGCAAGAAAUUAUUGAAAAUCUGCAGUCCCUGUUGCCUUCAGAGGUUCAGAACAAGCUCCAUUUGCUGAUUCCGUGCCGGCAGUUUGACUUGAGCUACGAUUUGAAUUGCAACACCCUUUGCUCAGAUUUUCAAGAGGACAUCACCUUUCGCUUUUCCCUGGGCUGGGCGGCUCUUGUUAGUCGCUUCCUAGGAACUCAACACGCUCACCGGGUUCUGCUGAGCAUGGCCGAACCCGCUCUUGCAAUUCCCAGGUCUCUUGCCUCUACUCCUUGCACUAGUGCUCCCAGUCUAACCCCGGAGAGUGCCUCGCAGGAGGAGCUCAUGGUCUCCUUGAUCACCAAUCUGGCAUCGUUGACAUCUCGGACUUCCAUGACGGUUCUCAUCCUCGGUGGUCUGAUUUGGAGAACUGUGGGCUGGAAGGUCAUCUCUCUUUCGCUGAGUAUGUACGGGGUGUUGUAUUUCUAUGAGAGGUUUACUUGGACCGCGAAGGCCAAAGAGCGUGCUUUCAAGCAACAGUUUGUCAACUAUGCGACAGAAAAGCUGCAACAGAUCAUCAACCUUACCAGCGCCAACUGUAGCCAUCAGGUGCAACAGGAGAUGGCCACCACGUUUGCUCGCCUCUGCCAGCAGGUGGACAUCACAGAGACCAAUCUGGAGAAGGAGAUCGGACGAUUGUCUCAAAAAAUUACUCAGCUAGAAAAAAUCCAGAACACCUCAAAGCAUCUACGGAAGAAAGCUGUUUGUCUUGAAGAUGAAUUUGACGGUUUUUCGAAAGAUUUUCUCCAGAAAAAGAAGAGUGGGAUUUAAAAGAUUAACACUGUUUCCCUUGCAGGAAUUUAGUCACAUGAAUUUUUCCUGCUGCUUUUGACUGUCCGAUUUCUCCGUUGCCACCCAGCUGUUCUGAUACUUAGGCUACGAAUUGUGCCCAAGAACUCAGGAAAGAAGCAGUAUUUACUAUUGAAUCAUUUUGCAACUUUUCAUAAGAUGAACUUAUUUGUAUUUACUAUAGCAUAUGGACUUUAUUUGGAAAUGUAAAAAGAAAAAUAUAUAAAAUAAACAAGAGACCCGUAGUAUUUUGUAUAAAUGUUUAUAGCCAGAGUCAGCUCCUCUUUCUGGCAUCCAGGAGAAAUUUUUCCUCACUCCAGUUUUAUAUCAUACUGCUGUUACUCCAUGGGAGAUUUUUUUUCAAAGACUCUUGUAUAAACCAAUGUAAUGUAGAGUGCUGCCAAUUUUUGAAAGAGAUUUGUAGUGUUUGGAUGCAGAGACAAUCAAAUCUCCUGAUGCCAUUCUGGGAUUUUCAUUUGGCUGAAAGAUGAAUUAAAUCUUCAAAGUGGCAUAUUUAAAGCUGUAUAUUUUUACUAAGGGAGUUCCUGACUCAAAUCUGAUUUAUCAGAAAAACUGGAUGUACUUUCACUAUUUUUCAGAGUAGCCUUUCUAGGAUAACUAUGUUAGGCAGGCAUCAUUUUCUCAAAAAAAAAAAAAAAAAUCUAAAAAACCA